AAAUGUACUUAAGUUAUUUGAAAGAUUAAUAGUUUGGAAACGCCAUGUUUAAGUGAGCCGUUACAUUUAUUUCUAUCAAUGAUUAAUGAGAAUUGUGAUUUCAAAACGAGUCUAUAUCUGCAACUACAAACUGCAGCAGCUGGUCGGCCUUCAGAUUGUUAUGGGAAAGAAGAACUCAUCUUGUCCUUCAAUCAGGCAUGCCGACUCCAGUCCAGAUUAUCACCAAGGACAGGGCAAUUCGUUUGACCCUGCUAACGUUAGAUUGCGUGUCAAUAUUCCUUGUUUAUUAAAUAUUUUUUCUCACUGGCACUACUUUAAUGGCAGGAUGAUAAAAACAAUCGCGUAAUCCUAUAACAAAAAAUAAUCAAGUCACACACACACACAUAAUAAACAACACUGCAGACAGUGCUGCUGAUGCAGUCUGUCGCAAUUCUCCCUAGCAACCAAACCUUCUCAAACAUCGCGAGAUUACACGAGGUUCAAGUUGAAGAAACAUGGCGACGUCUAAUUUAUUGAAGAAUAAAGGCUCCCUGCAGUUUGAAGACAAAUGGGAUUUGAUGCGGCCCAUUGUUUUGAAGUUACUACGUCAGGAGUCAGUUACUAAGCAGCAGUGGUUCGAUUUGUUCUCAGACGUCCAUGCAGUGUGUUUAUGGGACGACAAAGGCCCGGCAAAAAUUCACCAGGCACUGAAAGAAGACAUCCUAGAUUUCAUCAAGCAAGCACAGGCACGAGUACUCAGUCACCAGGAUGACACAGCUUUGCUUAAAGCCUACAUUGUGGAGUGGAGGAAGUUCUUUACACAGUGUGAUAUUCUACCUAAACCCUUCUGCAAGCUAGAGAUCACCCUGCUGGGUAACCAGGGGAGCAAUAAGAAGUCCAGUGUCGAAGACAGUAUUGUUAGAAAGCUUAUGCUAGACACAUGGAACGAGUCUAUAUUCUGUAAUAUAAAGAACCGGCUCCAGGACAGUGCCAUGAAACUGGUCCAUGCUGAGAGAUUAGGAGAAGCGUUCGACUCGCAGCUUGUCAUCGGAGUGCGCGAGUCAUAUGUGAAUUUGUGUUCCAACACUGAUGACAAGCUCCAGAUCUAUAGAGAGAAUUUUGAGAAGGCAUAUCUGGAUUCCACAGAGAGGUUCUACAAGACACAAGCACCCUCCUAUCUGCAACAGAACGGCGUUCAGAACUAUAUGAAAUAUGCAGAUGGCAAGUUAAGAGAAGAGGAGAAGCGUGCACUUCGAUAUCUGGAAACCAGACGUGAAUGUAACUCCGUCCAGGCACUAAUGGAGUGUUGUGUGAAUGCGCUGGUGACGUCGUUCAAAGAGACAAUCCUGGCCGAAUGUCCGGGAAUGAUCAAGCGGAACGAGACAGAGAGUGAGUACGGCAGGAGCUCUGGCACCAAAGGCUCAGCAAGUUCAGAGCUGCACCUUAUGUUUUCGCUGAUGGACAAAGUGCCCAAUGGGAUUGAGCCUAUGCUGAAAGACCUGGAGGAUCAUAUCUUGAAUGCAGGUCUGGCUGAUAUGGUGGCCACAGCGGAGACCAUUACUCAGUGA